AUGGUAAUGUCGACACAAUUCCCAUCGUUCAAGCGGGCCCAUACGGAUCUCCCGGCGCAGUCAUCCAGUCCGUUGCGGAACGGCUCAACUGCGUCAACAAACUCCUCUGCAUACUCCAUUGCGUCCAGCUCAUUUGCACCAAGUCGAACAAGCACGGUCUCAUCCAAUGCGUCGAUUCAGAGCAACCUAGGCCAUCACCGAGGAAAGAGCGAAGCCGGUCUCUUAACCAUGGACACGGCCGGACAGGGAAACAGGGCAAAUGCCGGGUCGACAUAUGAGAACAUUCGUCGCUCUUUACGACCUUUGCAACAGGCACCAAACAUUACCCCAUCUGCCCCCAAGACCGGCGGGUAUCGACACUCGCGUAGCAACACUAUCGAUGACCACCAGUUCAGCAAGUCAAAUCGGCCCAGUACUCCCGAAUCGCACCAGGUCCACUUCAAAGAAAAUGAAACACCUCGCUAUAGAUCGCCUGUGCUUGAACCUCAAACACCUCCCCGUGGUACCUCGCCUCGAAACUGGUCCCCGACUCCAACCCCAGCGUCGCCGCUCUCCUCAUCACCUCAGAAGACGCUCUCAAACAGCCCUCGCCCUCCACCGCUGACCACCGCUCUAUCUGCACCCGAACUCGAAACUUUGCAAAAAUCAGCGACGGGCCACCUCAGGACUCUCUCCAAAAUCGCUCAGUCUGGCGAGACAGAGGAAUUCAAAUUCGGCACAACAACCCCGUCGGUCGUUGGUCUGCAAGGACGGCGACGUUUGAAGCGCGCGGACUCGGUUGCUGGGAGAAAUGGCGCCCGGUCGCCAGAGAAGCCCAAAGUGUCCUCCUGGGCAGCAGGUAACUGGAUGGAUCAGCAACGUCAAUUCUUGCAAGCCUAUGAAUACUUGUGCCAUAUUGGUGAAGCCAAAGAGUGGAUCGAGCAGGUAAUCGAGAAGCAAAUUCCUCCGAUUGUUCAGCUAGAGGAGGGUUUGCGGGAUGGCGUUACUCUCGCAGAGGUGGUUCAGGCUAUGUACCCGGAUCGGCCUCUGCGCAUCUUUCGUAACCCAAAGCUGCAAUACCGUCAUUCAGAUAAUAUCGCCGUCUUCUUCCGCUUCUUAGACGAGGCCCAGUUGCCGGAACUGUUCCGAUUCGAGCUGAUCGAUCUUUACGAGAAAAAGAACAUCCCCAAGGUCAUCCACUGCAUUCACGCCUUGUCCUGGCUGCUCUUCAAAAAUGGAAUGCUCGACUUCCGCAUGGGAAAUUUGGUUGGUCAACUCGAGUUUGAGCACCAUGAACUCGAGAAAACCCAGAAAGGCCUUGAAAAAGCAGGCGUCAGCAUGCCGAGCUUUGCGGGCAUGGCUGCGAAUUUCGGCGCAGAGCCUGAGCCUGAACCUGAACCCGUCGAAUCAGAGGAGGAACGCAUCGAUCGGGAGCUACAUGAAAAUGAAGCUUCAAUUGGAGAUUUCCAGGCCCAAAUCAAAGGAGCGAUGAUGCGCUUGAAGCUUGGGAAUACGAUGAACGAUCUUUGGGACUUCGAGCCUCUGCUCAUUGAGUUGCAGUCGCGCCUGCGUGGAGACUGGGCACGACAAAUCAGCUCAUAUCGACUGAGCAUGCGCCAGUUUGCAGUCCAACUCCAAGCAGCCAGCCGAGGGUUUAUCGUACGACAUCGCCAGCAAGGAGAGAUGCAAUGGCGAAAAGACCAAGAAUGCGAUAUUCUGGAGCUGCAAAGCCUCAUCCGCGCCUCGAAGGCGCGAGCUCGAACGAAUGUUCUGCAAUCCCGCAUUCAAAUGGAAGAGCAUGGGAUCAAGCAACUCCAAGCUGCCAUCAGAGGCGCCCUCAGGCGCAAGGAUGUUACCGACCAGUACGAAGAAACGCAUCAUGCCGAAAACGAUGUUAUGACCCUGCAGGCAGCAGUUCGAGGUGCUCUGCAAAGAAAGCACAGAAGUAUGCAAUCUCAGGCGUUUGAAGAAGCUAGCAGCCCUGUGAGGUCACUGCAGGCAGCAAUCCGAGGUGCUUUACAACGAAAGCAAAGGAGUGUGCAGUCACAAGCCGUUGAAGAAGCCAGCAAACCUGUGAAGUCACUGCAGGCAGUGAUUAGAGGAACAUUUGCUCGCCAAAACAUCUCCCAAAUUAAGAAGUCCCUUAGCAAUGAGGUACCUGCCAUCACAUCACUGCAGUCUUUUGCUAGGGCUCUAGCGGCCAGAAAUCAGCAAUCACAGCUCGUUAACGCUCUCAAAUCCACCGAAAAUGGAUGCAUUCAGUUACAAGCAUUCAUCCGAGGUGCUGCCUCAAGAAAAGACAACUCAGCUCUGAGCUCUGAGCUGGCCCAGCAUACAUCGGCCGUGACCAACCUGCAGGGGAUGCUCAGAGGCAAAGCCAUGAGACAGUUCCUGGAGUCGCAGCGAGCAGCGUUGGCGGACCAAGAAAGCACAAUUUUGGACUUGCAGUCAACGGCGCGGGCUACCCUUCUGCGCAAGGACUUGGAUGCCGACCGACAAGCUCUGCAGAAAGAAGAACUUUCCAUUGUGGACCUCCAAGCUCUUGCUCGUGCAGCCAUCUGCCGAAUCGAGGUUGGCAGCAUUCUCUCCCGGCUUGAAGAACAUGAAGAGGAAGUUGUGGACCUCCAAGCAUUGGCUCGCGCCAUGCUCGUUCGAGUCGAGGUUGGCAACAUGCUGGCUGAUCUUGAAGAGGAUGAGGACAUCAUUACCGAUUUCCAGGCUCGAAUUAGAGGACUGAUUAUUCGCAAUCGCUUUGAGGAGAGACGGCGUCACUACAACGAGAAUAUGGAGAAGGUUAUCAAGGCCCAGAGUGUCAUCAGAGGCCGCAUUCAGGGUCAGGCUUACAAGAGUUUGACUAAUGGCAAGAACCCCCCUGUUGGAACCGUCAAAGGCUUCGUACAUCUCCUCAACGACAGCGACUUUGACUUUGAUGAAGAGAUCGAGUUUGAGCGCUUGCGAAAAGUCGUGGUUCAGCAAGUUCGACAGAAUGAAGAGGCGGAGCAGUAUAUCAGCCAGUUGGAUAUCAAGAUUGCCCUCCUUGUCAAGAAUAAAAUCACGCUUGAUGAAGUUGUCAAACACCAAAAGCACUUUGGGGGACACAUUGGCAACUUGCUGUCCAACACCGAAAUAUCUUCGAAGGAUCCAUAUGAUCUCAAGGCGUUGAAUAAGACGUCGAGGAGAAAGCUGGACCAGUACCAGGUGUUUUUCUUCCUUCUUCAAACGCAAUCCCAGUAUCUGGCCCGCCUGUUCCGUCGACUUCGUGAGAUCAACACGUCGGACAAGGAGUAUGAGAGAAUCAGGCUCCUGAUCAUGGGUCUUUUCGGAUACUCACAGAAACGCCGUGAAGAAUACUACCUUGUCAAACUCAUCGCUCGCUCUGCCAAGGAGGACAUUGAAAACUUUGCCUCCCUCCCCGAGUAUCUGCGCUCUACUUCCUUCUGGAACAAACUCUUUGGUUCAUACGCAAAGUCACCCCGAGACCGAAAGUUCAUGCGUGAUGUUAUGGGUACCAUGGUGAAAGAGUCUAUUAUUGCGAACCCCGACCUUGAUCUCGAGAGCGACCCGAUCCAGAUCUACCGCUCCUCUAUCAACAAUGAAGAGCUGCACACGGGUCAACGCAGCCGACGCCCCGCAGACCUUCCCCGGGAAGAAGCGAUCAGGGAUCCCGAAACCCGAGAGACUUUCAUCCAACAUUUGCAAGAUCUGCGCGACCUUGCCGAUCAGUUCUUCACAGCCUUCGAAGAUUUCCUGUACCGGAUGCCUUUCGGUACCAGAUAUCUUGCCCAGCAAAUGUAUGACAACCUCAUCGCACGAUUCUCGAACGAGGACCCUGGCUUUAUCCUUCAAACAGUCGGCCAUUGGAUCUGGAAGAAUUAUUUCCAACCUGCAAUGCUCGAGCCAGAAAAGUACGGCGUUGUGGAGCGCGGUUUGACCCAGGAACAAAAGAGAAAUCUCAGCGAGAUCGCCAAGGUCGUUGCGCAGGUCGCUUCCGGAAGACUCUUUGGGGCAGAGAAUGUCUACCUCCAACCUCUUAACUCCUACAUCGGCGAGUCAAUACAACGGCUAGGUCGAAUCUGGGGUCAAGUUAUCUCGGUCCAGGAUGCAGAGUCCUACUUUGACAUUGACGAGUUCAAUGAUCUUUACGCCAAGGCUAAACCGACUUUGUAUAUUAAGAUGUCCGAUAUCUUCUCCAUUCACCAACUUGUGGCCUCAGAGAUCGAGUUCAUGUGCCAAAACCCUGAUGACAUCCUCAAGCAGUUUGUCAGAGAACUUGGCAAUGUGAAACGCAAUGAGAGCGAAUUGAUGGGCGUCAGCACUACUGAGAUCAAUCUCACGCUGAACCCGAAACUGGCCCAGAUGGAAGAUCCAGAGGCCGAGGUCAAAGCACUCUUCAUGGAAACUAAGCGAUGCAUCCUUUACAUUAUCCGUGUUCAAACUGGUGCCAGCCUCAUGGACAUUAUGGUCAAACUGCCCACUGAUGAAGAUGAGGCAAGGUGGCAGACAUUGGUUCGGGAGGAGCUACACACCAACAACCCUCGACGUGGCGCUUACGGCGAGGCUAGCACGUUGAUUGACAUCGGCUCAAUGACCUACUCUGAGCUCAAGGGCACUGCUCUUGAAAACAUCCUUCGUCUUGAGCAGGCAGGCAAGAUCUCUCGACACAACCACUACCAAGACCUCCUGAAUGCGAUUGCUAUCGACAUUCGCACAAAGCACCGUCGGCGAAUUCAACGAGAGCGAGAGCUGGAGGGAGCACGCCUCACGUCCACGCGUCUCAAUGAUCAAGCCCUCUAUCUGGACCAGCAGCUCAAGACCUACAACGAUUAUAUUGAACAGGCUAUGAUCACACUCCAGAACAAGAAAGGCAAGAAGCGCUUCCUAAUGCCUUUCACCAAACAAUGGGAUCACCAAAGAGAACUUCAGAAAUCCGGCAAGGUGUUCAAGUUCGGGUCCUACAAGUACUCUGCUCGCACCCUGGCCGACCGAGGUGUCUUGGUUGCUUGGAAGGGCUAUUCUGAGCGCCAAUGGGACCGCGUGGACUUGACUAUCUCCAGUAACGAAGUUGGAGUUUUCACGCUCGACGGCAGCAGUGGCAACAUGAUGGUGCCCGGUGCCAAUGCACAGAUCCCAUUGGAUGAUUUGCUCCAGGCCCAAUUCAACAACACACAAUUCAUGGACUUCUUCGAGGGUCAGAUGCGUGUUAAUGUGAACCUUUUCUUGCAUUUGAUUAUGAAGAAGUUCUACAAUGAGUGA